AUGCCAUCCUUCACCAGCGAAACCACUCUGGGAUACCUUUUUUCACCAAUCGCAUGGCUGUUUGUGUCGUGUACAAUCACCGCAUUGGUCAUCUUGACUCUGUUACCCUUCAUUCUCUUCCAUGAUGAUAUCCAACAGCUCGAUGACUACAACUGGAGCAAGAAGAAGCGACGCGACUUGCUUCUAUCCGACCCCAUUUUGCUCAGAGAUACCAAAGAAAGCACCGAGAAGACCAAAGAUAGUGCCGAGAAGACCAAAGAUAGCGCCGAGAAGACCAAAGAUAGCGCCAGCGACGAUUCUGCGCUGAAAAGCGACUGCGACUCGAUAGACACAUGCACCGCGGUGUCAGCACCCAUGCUGCAGUCUCUCUUCCACAGACUCGUUGUCCAAAACAAGUGGAGAGAGGCCGGAUACGUGGCCGAUCACGUGUAUAAGCUGGUACGUGCCAAACUGCUACUGACGAACCUCGGAGUCGACGGACUACGUCUGCUGGAAGACGUCAUUAGAGGAUACCCGCCUGGAGUGGAGAAUCACGUGACUGCAGUCUUCCACACGCUGGCAGAUGUGAUUAUCGGAAAGUAUCCUGGGUCUGCUGAGGAGCCUGCUUCUUCACGAGGCAUCCUUGGACGGUGGUGUAUGCAGGUCAUGACGUCGUUGAUCACGCAUGUGGCCACCGUUUCUCGCUCCGACAUUGUUCGUAUGCUGUGCAAGCGGUAUUUCCAGGACCAUGUUGCUUCUCUUCAGAUUUGGACCUUCAAGAGCGUUUCUGUGUUUCUUGUGCACUGUCUCAAGACUAGACAUAACUUGAAAACUCCCGAGAACGAGAGCAUCCAGCUUCUGUUGAGAGAGGGCAUGACUUCAAGGAACAAGCUGGUGACCAAGGCUGCUCAGGACUGUCUCACUCACUACACUUUGGUCGAUUCAGAGGCUGGCGACAAGUUGCGGUAUCAGAUUGGAGCGAACUUGUAA